AUACCGUUGACGUUGACAUUGUUGACAACGGCUGUGUUGGCAUUUUGGCAACCAAAAUAAUCCAUUUGUUUACAUACAUUUUUCCGAAAUAAUAAAGAAAAGCGCUGAAAAUAAUAUAAUUGACUCCGCUAGUGAUAGUGCUAUCGUUAUGUAAAAUAAUUGGAAACUUAUUGUUAUUAGACGUCGACUGUUGAGCCAGCAAAAUGUCUCAACCUAACCUAUUGGACAUAGUUCCUGAUCAAUUGUUUCAAGCGCAUUAUAUUAGUGAUAUAGACCAGGUACAAAAGAAAUUGCAAUAUGAGAUUGAAAGGAAACGAGAAGAAUUGCGGGCCAUGGUUGGAGAAAGAUACAGAGACCUCAUCCACGCAGCUGAUACAAUUGAAGAGAUGAAGGAAACCACUGGUAGUACUCUGAACCAUAUUACAGAGAUGAUGACAGCCUGCAAAAACUUGCACAGCACAAAUUUAGGUGGAUUUAAAGUUGAUGACAAACUUGCAAGACCUAAAAAUUUUCAGUUCAAUGUGAACCCAAUGCACAGUUUGUCUGUACAAGUGAAGCUGUUGAUGGAAAUCCCUGAGAAGAUUUGGACUAGUAUUGAAUCCGAGGACUAUGUGAAAGCUACACAGCUAUUUAUAAUGGCCAGACACAUCAAUACAGGUCUACAACUUCAAAUAGGAGGCAAGAAUGUGAAGCCCGGUAUGCAGUCCUUGCAGAGACUGGUGCAGCAACAGUGGAACUCCAUAGCCAACUUCAAUCAAACCAUUAUAGAUGAGUGCCGGCAGAAGCUACAAGAUGUUGAGAUUAGUGUAGAGGUGGCCUGUUCCUGCCUGGUCAGCCUCUACUUACUGGACUCCCAAUCGAUGGUGGAGCUGCUGAACACUCUAAUAGGCCUUCACAGUAACAGUAGCCUCAAAUCCACGCUACAGUUUGAUCUGGCGCACAUUUUGGAGGGAGACGUUAAAGCCCAGAUUAAAGAUAAAAUCGUAAAUGGCGUCAAAAUUGUUUUGAAAACUGUUGUGCUGGUGUAUUCUUGUUUUGUGGAUGAAGAUGGCGGUGCAGUUCUAGCCAAGUUGCAAGAUUUGUUCAGAAGAGAUUCGCAACCAUUAAUCGAACUGGUAAAAUUCAGUGACCCGGCCUCUAUAAAACUAUUGCCUCCAGCAAUUUGUAACUACAGGCUCUCAUCAAACAAAGAAGUGCAACGUCUAGCCAGGGAGGAGAUAACGAAAGGCAUUCAGGAUUGGAAUGUCUGGGUGAAGUCCUUCAUAGAGACCAAUGUGCAGACCCUAUUACAGAAUAUCACACGAGUCAAAGUGCUACAUGAGAUUAGAGAGGAGGCGUUCAAGAUUGAAACUCCUUCAAACUGGUCCACAAUAUGCACAUCUUUAGAUAUACCAGAAGUCCAUGUAUGGUGCCACUACUACCAGCCUCUGUUGACCUCUCGCGUCGAGUCAAUUAUAGACGGACGGUGGGUCAAGGUGUAUGACGCUUUCAAAACUCAACUCCUGAUAGAUCUUACGAAGGUAUCUUCAGACAGUGAAGUGGAGAAGGAGGCUGAUAUCAAUUGGUUCGUGUGGAAGGACCUCAUUGGAGAGACGGUGAUAGAAUCUCGAGCUGAUGUCAUUAAGGUCAUGAAUUCCCUUAUGAAAGGUAUGGCUCGUCAAGAUCGCGGUUACACUCCAACUCUAGAAAAACUAUGCCAGAGUUUGGACGAUGAGCUACAGAAACUUCUGGAAGACUUGAGGGUCUACCUGUAUCAAGAUAAGAAGAGUGUCGGCAACAAAGAUAAGCUUCUGUUUGCGUAUGAGGACGACGAUGAUAUAGAUCAAAUAUACAGCGAUAAACAUCUAAUCGAGAUGUAUUUGAGAGAUGUUUCCGAUAACAAUAUACAGAGUAUGCUGCAAUACAUAAAAGCUUGCUUCGAAGAACCAACUUUGCAAUCCAGUGAACUGCAAAAGAAGACUACUGCAAUAUACACUGCGAGGUUCACCCAAGCUAUAUCCGCCCUUAUGCCUCAUUUACGCAAGUGCUAUAUUCCUGAAGAACGUGAUAGUUUGGGAGUUAUAAAUAUAGACGAUAAUGCGUUGAAGAGGUGGAAUGAUUUGUAUGUGGUAUUAAAGGAACAUUGCCAGUACUGUUGGGGCAAAUGGGUGGACAUUGUGAUCACCAAGGUUGAAGACUUGACAAAAGAUUUACCGCAAGCAUUCACUUUGGAGGCUAAUAUUGACUAUUUAAUGAUGCAAUGGGAUGUCAUCAAAAUCGAAGAAAAGGAUGAAGAAGGCAAUCCAAUAGAGUCUACAAUCAAAGUCCCCGCAGGUCCGUCUCUCAAGCUGCAGGAAUAUUUGUAUGCUACAAGUCGAAUACUUGACGAAGUCGUCCCACAUACACUACCAAUAGAAACACAUACAUUAUUUAUUGAGAAAGUUAUAGCUAUCACUUUCACUCACUACGAGAAAGUCAUAAGAGAAAAUGAGGCAGAUAUAAAUCAAAGAUGUGCGCUUCAACUGCUAAUGGAUGUAAGGCAUUUGACCCUAUUAUUAGUGCCUCGAGAAAAUAAGGUAUUUACGGAGCAGUCCGUCAGAAUAUGCGAGUUUUUGAGGCAGAAAAUUGAUCCGUUCGACUAUGACGUGUUCUACAAAUAUAUACAAACUAGCUUGAAGAGAUCUGUGCAAAGAGUUCAGACUUUACUAGGCAGCCUGAUAUUGCACCAUGGUCAACUGACAGCGUUUAUUGGAACGAAGCCCGUACUGUCAGGCGGUACGGGAGACAAGGCGGCCGCACUCCUGGCUUCCGGAGACUCCAAUUGGUUCUCACUGCUACCCGUAGCUGCACCCCCUAGCCACCUCAAGAAACAGGAUAAACCUGUAAAGAAGAAGCCAAUAUCUUCAAGCCCUAACAAAUCUAAGUCAGAUAACAUAUCCGAUUUAAUGACUAGCUCCUUGCCUAUAAACUUCGCGAAUGCGCGCUCAGGCGCAGCUUCCUUCUUCAAUUCGAUUUCUUCUGAUUGGUUCAGCGGAUCCUAAUGUUAUUUAAUCACUAAGUUUAUUUAUUUUUAUUUGUAUUUU